CUGGUGCACGAUUGUUCUGAAGAUUUGGAGGCCCUCAAGAAUGAGAUUUCCGCCUACUGCUCCUCGUCUGUGAUGAAUCAAUUAUUGUUUAACCGACAUUCAUCCGAGAAAUCAGUUCGCGUGGGCGAUGUGCGUUGUGCCUGCCGGAUGACCAACUUGCGCGGAGCAAACUUCUUCUCUUCCUGCUGGUUCUCAGUAAAUACGGAUGAACUGUCAUCGGAGGGAGAGAUAAAAGAGGCCGCCAUGUCCAGUGAUUAUGGUGCCUUAGUCCGCCCUUCACCUCCCAUAUCCAUUCAGAAUCGUUCACAGACAACAAUGCGCACCAACAUGAUAAAAAGGAACUACGUAUGCAACCACUCAACAUACUUCCAUCAACGCGAUAUUGCUGGCCUAUUCAGCACGCAAAAAUUUACCCGUAUUAAUGUAGGUCGAUCUGACGUCCUUGACACAACUGUGACUUCAAUCUUUGAAUUGCCCCCGACUUUGCCUCCUAUGGUCGGUUCAGAUCACUUCUUGGAAGAGGGCACUAUGAGUUUGCCUUCCAAGGGUUCCAGUGAAACUCAGGAAGCAGUGGCGAGUAGGCUCAUCCCGCAAGUCUUUCCACAGAGUGCCGAUGCCUUUUCAACUCACAUUCCAAAAUCAAGGUCACGAAAGGCUGCAACGUCCCUGUUCAGUCGUACGGAGCAAUCAAACAGCCGCCAAAUUCCCGCUCCUCCUCUUCCUUCUCCUCGUCAUAAUCAUAAUCAUUCAUUCCUUACAGCGGACGCACUGUCGCCACAGGAUCCUGAACCACAUCAUAUUAUCCCAAAAAGCCCUGUGGUCAUUAUGUCCGAGUGGAACUUAAGCAGACUAGCCAACUCAAGCCGAACAAAAUUUCAGGCGGGGUCCUCUGCAACAGCUCUCUUUAAAACGUCCCCCCUUGAAUCACCGCCCCACAAACAGCAACGUGUCACUCAGUUACAGCUGCCAACUCAGGAAGUUCUUGAUAUCGGCGACGGUAGCCGACGAGUUGACGAAUGCAUCGCGGAAUUCAACACUCUGAACCGCCCAAAACCAACCGAAAUGGCUGCACAGAUGAAAGUUCUCCAGUUCCGCCUUCUCUGUCAGAAAAGCUGGCGGUGUCGAACCUUUCUACCAAUGAGCAAGAAGGCCAUCACUCCGCUUCGCCUCGAUCACCUCCAGUGUCUAGGAGCUCACGGGUACUGCAUGAGCCAUCACCGACAGUUAGUCUUUCGAGGUCGUUUAACCUCAGAACUGGUCUCCCGUUACAAUCUUCACCGGUAG